UUGGUAGAUUCUUCCGAUACAAUAUGUAUCCAGGUGAAGGGACUGGUUUGCUUCGUAUCCAUAGUACAUACCGUCAUGACCUUAAAAUUUACAGCUCUGACGAGGGACGUGUUCAGAUGUCUGCAGCUGCUUUUGCUAAAGGCCUGCUUGACAUAGAAGGACAGCUGCGCCAAUCUUGGUUUUCCCUUCUUAAUAUUAUAUUGUUGGUGCUUAAUUUGCAAUGUCAUCGUGUGUUUACUAAUAAUGUCUUUUUAUCUUUCUUGCUUCUCAAGGUUUCUUUGGUUAGCAAGGACUCUUCCAUGUUGGAUGGUCUUGAUACUGCCAACAUUGAAAUGGAAGCUGCCAAGGUUUGUCCCAUGACUUGA